ACAAAAUGUCCAGAGAAGACAAUACCACAGACUAUGAUGGUAUCAUUACAGAAUUUGAAGUCACAGAAAAUGCAAUCAAGCAGUACCAACAUGUGAUCAGGAUGAUCUACUUAAUUACAUAUUCUGUUGUCCUGAUCCUCGGUGUCACCCUCAACUUCAUCGUCAUUAUCAUCAGCUGCCUGGAAAACAAGAAAACGCCAACGGUUUCCACUUGGAUUACGGCGUUGGCUGUAACACACUUAGUCUCCAGCGCAUUUGUUGUUCUUCAGCUGCUGUAUGCUUACAAUAACUUUGAAUGGAAUUACGGAAAAGCAAGCUGCAAGCUGUCAUCCUAUAUCACCUACGGCAGUAUGUUCUCCACAGCAGCCAUGCUGAGUCUCUGGAGCAUUAGUUCUGCUUUUUUUAAAAACGAUUGCUUAGAAAAUUGCAAGAAUUGUAACAUCAUUCUGAUUUCAUUCUCCUGGUCUAUUGCAGCAGUCUUGGCAUGUCCUUCGCUGUUUUCCAGAGAGGUGCGAUCUUCUCAGUGCAUUGAUGAUUAUGACUUGGACAAAUCGAAAACAACUCAAGACGGCAUUGCUAGGCUGAAGGCAGUCGUUAUCAUGAGAUUUCUUAUCGGGCUCCUUGUGCCAGCUUUGAUCAUGUUUCUCAGCUGUUUGACAUCAGCUCAUAGAAGGAAUAAAGAUUGCAAUAAGCAGGCACAGAUCAUCUGUGCUAUAAAGAUUGCCUUCUUUGUGUUCUGGGGCCCUCAAAUCUUCUUAACCAUGCUUCAAGCCACUCUUACCGACAGCCUGGGUCCAAGUAUGUUGAAAUAUGGACUUCCAGCAGCUACUGCAUUGGCCACAGCCCACCCUUUUAUCAGCCCGAUCAUCUAUUUGUUAUUGGGAUGUAGUAUUAAAAUGAAGUGGAUGGCACAUGACCCAGGUCAGUUUGAAAUGGGGGUUUAUAACACUGUUGCCUUGCACCAAUAAGGUCCCCAGAUCAAGUCCCAAAUGAGCCUGGAGGUCUGUCUGUGUGGAGUUUUUCAGAGGUGAAUUGGAGACACUAACUUGUCUGUGUAGUGAAUGAGAAAGAGUGUUCCCCAAUGAUGGAAUGGUCAUCCAUGCAGUGUUUCCUCCACCCUUGGACCAGCAUCCCUGCGACCCUACAGAGGAUAAGCAGUUUGAAGAAUGGAUGGAUGACCCAGAUCACAACAAUGAACUGAUGCGCUUAGGAAAAUGCUGCCCAUGAAUUGUACACAGGCAUUAAAGAUUGAUGUAGCAAU